GCAGAAGCAGCCCUUCCUUUUCGGCGUCUGGCGCCGCGGCCGCAACGACAGAGGGCCCCGUUUCCCAGCCCCACCCUUCAGUACCACCCGGCAACUCCGAUCUACCACUGCAGCCAUGGCAGACCAAGCCAUCUCCUUCGCCAAAGACUUCCUGGCGGGCGGCGUGGCGGCGGCCAUCAGCAAAACGGCCGUGGCUCCCAUUGAGCGGGUCAAGCUCUUGCUUCAGGUGCAACAUGCAAGCAAGCAGAUUGCUGUUGAUCAACAGUACAAAGGAAUCAUUGAUUGUGUAGUCCGCAUUCCCAAAGAGCAAGGAAUGUUGUCCUUCUGGCGUGGAAAUUUAGCCAAUGUUAUUAGAUACUUCCCAACUCAGGCACUCAACUUUGCCUUCAAGGAUAAGUAUAAGCAAGUGUUUUUAGGAGGAGUAGACAAACACACACAGUUCUGGAGAUAUUUUGCUGGUAACCUGGCCUCUGGUGGUGCAGCUGGAGCUACCUCCCUCUGUUUUGUCUAUCCUUUGGAUUUUGCAAGAACCCGCCUGGCAGCUGAUGUUGGAAAAGCUGGUGCUGACAGAGAAUUUACAGGCCUGGGAAAUUGUCUCAUCAAAAUCUUCAAAUCUGAUGGCCUGCGUGGCUUAUAUCAAGGCUUCAAUGUCUCUGUUCAGGGCAUAAUCAUCUAUAGAGCUGCUUAUUUUGGAAUCUAUGAUACAGCAAAAGGUAUGUUGCCAGAUCCUAGGAACACUCAUAUUGUGGUAAGCUGGAUGAUUGCACAAUCAGUGACUGCAGUAGCUGGCGUGGUCUCCUAUCCCUUUGACACAGUGCGGCGUCGAAUGAUGAUGCAGUCUGGGCGUAAAGCAGCUGACAUUAUGUACUCUGGAACAAUUGACUGUUGGAAGAAGAUUGCAAGAGAUGAAGGUGGAAAGGCUUUCUUCAAAGGCGCAUUGUCUAAUGUUCUUCGAGGCAUGGGUGGUGCAUUUGUGCUUGUAUUGUAUGAUGAGUUCAAGAAAGUCAUUUAAACACAAUUUUAUUAGAAACGUAAGUUAAAUUGACAGAUCAUGUAGAAUAACUUGCCAUUAUGGACCACUGACUUAAAAAAAUUCCUACCCAGUCUUAUUUAUCGGGGCCAGAUCAUGUUUAAGUAGGACUAGAAACUGCCUCCAGUGAACUGAUCUACAUUAUACAGGCAUCAGAACAGUCAGUCCAGUUCAUUGGAUUUGUCUUGUAUUUGGUGUUGGUUAUAGUAGCUACAGUUCAGGGUCCAAGGAAGCUGAUCUGCUUUUGUCUGAAGAUCAGCUAAAAGUUUCAAGUCCUGUCUUAAAAGGACCAUAAAAUCAUGUUUUGGAAAAUGAAAAUAUUCACUUAGCCAAUCUUGUUUUCCACUUGUACUUAAGCACUAUGUACUGUUUUUGCACAGCUGAACAUCUAGCAUUUGUGUUCUCCAAUUUGGGGCAUUCUGUGAACAAUAAACAUAAUUAACUAUGUGUCGAAUUUAUGACUACUACAUCCUGAGUAUUUAGGGCCAGCCUCACCAUGCAGUAAGAUGUGGUUUACUGAUCUCGAGUAGCAUUUAUGCAUGUGCAUAUCCACCUGCAAAAAAAAAAGAACAAGUACAGCAAUACAUUUCAAAAUGCUGUCCCGUGGUAUGUGUUGGGGGAGAGUACUGUAGUUGGAUUCUUAGACAUAAUCACUAGAUUUAAAAGCUCUUUAAAUAAGAUAUGCUUGUAUAUGCCUUCAGAAGUUUUCAUCAUGCUUUUAUAAAAAUGGUAAAAUGGUUUGAAAUAGGAAGCCAUUGUGAAUACGGAGAAAACAUAGCUUGAAAAUAGUAAUUCAAUGGUUCAGCACUGCAUAUAGGGAUGAUAAUAAUUAUAGAUCACCUAAGAAUAAAUAGGAAGUAGAGCUAUGAGGAAAAUGUCAUGUACAUGCCAUGUAAAGUAGCAUAUGUAUAUGGCAUUAGAUGAAACAGUUGUAUAGUCUUUAAUUAUUUGAAGAAAGAUAUCGUACUCAUGUUCCCUCAUGGCAUUUGUAUGCUUUUACACUAUACUAUUGAAAAACAAGUUGCUAUUAGAAGUAUUGGUAUUGAAUAUUUAAAGUAUUGAAUAAAAAAUGUAAGUAUGACAUCACAGAAAAUUAGUAGAAUUUUCUACUAAUUUAGAUUAGUAGUUUUAAAGGAAGACGGUACAAUGAGAGAAUUUGACUUUCCAGCUCCAGAAUUUGCAAAAAAAAGGUGAACAGAGACAUUGCAUCAGAUGUGUAUUGUCUAGUAUCGUUUUGAAUGAAGGCCAAAUGUUCUUUAGUUUAUUGUAUAUAACCUAUAUACUUGUGGAUAAGCCCAUCUACGAAUAAGCCAAAUCCAAUAUUGAGGUGUGUUUUGGGACUCAAAAUAAUUACUGUAUACAAUACUUAAUUGGUAAUUAUCAGAAAAGUUAUAUAGCCAUUAAACUGU